AUAUGAAUUUUUUGUUUGAUAUAUAUGAAAGUUGCCCUUAAUAUAUUAAUUCGUCAUAUUUCAGUUUUAAUCGAAUUUACUAAUUAAACUCAAUUUGGCUAACUUCUCAACUUAGACCGGUUAAGUUUGUAAUCCUUCAGCUCUUUUAUUGCUUACAAAUCUAACCCAUUUGGAGACCAAGUGUUGGGCCCUCUUAUUUCAAUUUUCCAGCAGUCCACUUCUUCAACACCAAAAUCCAAGCAACCACCAACCUUCCAGCCCAAUUCCCAGAAACGUUACUUUUAAGGGAAAUUUUCCCUACUUUUAACGUUUAACAACAAACAGAGGCAGAGAAAGCCAACGACGUUAAGUCCAGCAGCUGAUUCCAACGGUAAAACUCAUAACCGACAAAACAAUUCCAACACACAGCGAUGAAACGGCGUCUACACAAGAGCAGCAACGUCUCCAAACGACGUCAAUAAUUCCGUCAAAACACACGGAAAGCAGCAGCGACAGUACCCUGCAUUUUCUGGUCAUCUUCCUCAGACAAUUCGUACAAGUGUCAGUGCUAGAUGGAGCAAUAUCAACGAUUCACUCGUCCUAGCGUCAAAUCGAACGGCCCCUGUUGCUUAGCCGUUGCAAUUUGAGUACAAGCAGCAGAGAUUUCUGAGUGGGGAUUUCAAAAAUCGACCGUUGUUCCUAUCCGCCUUCUUUUCCUCCCAAAAUAGAGCCCUAAUUUCGUCUAUAAAUACCCUCUUUUCCAUUCAGUAAAGGGGAGUCAUUAUUCACUGAUACAAGGAUAGAGAGAACCACAGUUUAUGGAAAAGAAAGAUUUUUAGGGUUGCAGAUAGAAAGUUAAUAUUUGAACAAAAAAGCAUCCAAAAGGAGUUGAGUUAUCGUCGGAGCUCGCCGGAGUUCUGGGAAUCUCGUUAUGGUCGUAUAGAGAUGUGAUCAAGGACAAAAAGGUUGCAUCCCCAGAUAAUGAAGCAGAUCCUCUUCCAAAUGCUGGAAGAGUUACAUUGUCCAAAAAAUAUCGUACAGCUCGUAACCCCAAUUCUGAUACUCCCAAAACUUCAGAGUAUGCUUUCUUCAAGAAGUUGAAAAAGAACAUUGACCAUAGCAAAUUAGAUCUUCUUCAUAGAGGGAGUAAACUAUCCAAGAUCACUCAACCUAGUAAUUGUAUCUCAGACACGCAGAGCACAUACAAUAUGCUGAAGUGCCCAAAUAAGGAUGUUAAAAUCCCAAUUCAAGUUGAAAAGGAACAUCAGACUAAUGAAUGCCGGUCUUUUUCACCUGUUGAUGGUGUCAUAGGUAUAUCCAAGGAGGCAAAACUUAAGUGCUUUUCACCCCCAACUGCAGUGACUCCUGUAUAUCCAAAUUUGCUGCUGUCACCCCUUGCAGGUCCAUCACAUAAUUCAGGGAGCCAGUACUCUGGUAAUGGGAUUUUUGCAGCAAAGAGGAAGAAACUUUGUCAGCGGGCAAAUAAACUGUUUCUUGACGUCCAAAAACUCAAUUCUGAAAGGUUUGAUUUGGUUUCUGCACUUCUCAGGCGGCUGUUUCCUGGAAGGAAGGAGGAUGAAGAUUUAUGGGAUUCACCGGCGGUCGGGAAAGGGGAAAUAGCAAGUACAAGCUCAUUUGCAAAUGCUAAGCCAGAUCAUGCAAAGACACGACCUCCUUCAAGGCACAUAGAACAUGUUAUAGCACCAGAAUAUAGGAUGAGCCAGAGUGAUUGCUGUCCCAGUAAUUUCUUUGAUAGGCCAAAGGAGAGAGUUCCCCCAGAGUUGCACUAUGAAGAUGCAGAUAAUAGCCAAAUUUCAAACAACAAAAUAACUAUAAGUUUGUGGGAUCAUAGUGAUUCAUUGCCUUCAUUAUCCUUUGACCAUCAUGGGCUUGCUGAUUUCCUACCAUAUAGACUUCAUAGUGCAGGUAUACCUGUAAGUGGAGGAGCACAAGACUUAUUCUUAGAUUGGGAUUUCAAUGAGGAGAAAAAUGAUCCUGUAUUAGCCAUUACAACUAUCAAAGGGAAUGAAUUGUGUUCACCAAUAGCCACCUCAUGGCACGUUGAUUACCAGCAGAGUACAGAAAAGAAGCUUGAUGCGCUGGCAUUGUGUUCAUCGUCUUUAUUUACGAACUCUGGAUAUUCUGAUGUGCUGCCAUAUUCUUGUUCAACAAGCUUUCAUAAGAAAUUCUUUCCAACUGACAUCUGCUCCAAGGAUUUUGGAAUGAUUCUUGAACAUGAAGAAUAUGCAGUUGCAAGAAUGGACCAGUUUGAUCUACCCUUGCUAUGUAGCUCAGAGGAGCAAGAUCUUCUGGAAGAUCUUAAUCCUGAGAAUCCAUUUGAAAGCAGCAGUGCAAUCAUCCCAUAUCUAAGUCAUCAUGAGAAGAAUCAUUGUGAUUCUGAUGGCCUCAUGCCAAUGGCCUUGGAUACUUUUGGCUGGAAGAUCUUGUCAACAGCCAGUUCCCCGUUGCAGAAGGGUUUAUCAACCUAUAAUGCUAUAAGACUGCCUCAUAUAGAAGAUUCAAUUGGUCUAACACAUGAGGAGAUCAUAAACAGCUUGUAUGGUUCAAACCCAAGAGAAAUUGCUCCUCAAUCAGUUGAACAUGGACUCAACUCUGACAUUUGGUUCUCUUGCAACUCUGAAGUGUUCUCUGACAAAGCAGGGGGUAGAUCUCUAUUACUUGAUAAUUCAAGUUGGAUUACAUCUGUUGAAGAAAUUUCCCCUGAUCAUUCUGGUGAAUGGACAUGGAGCUGAAGAUUCUCAUAAAUUUCUGUGGGUCCUAUUAUCAUAUGAUGGAAUGGCAUGAUUGCCCCUAUCCCACUAAAGGUAUUCUUUCUCCAUGGUUAUCCUUCAUGUGGCCCUGUUAGACUUAUGUUAUGCUUGAGAUUCAGGAACAUGUAAGUACAUAUAGUUCAAAACCAAAUAUAUUUUCUUCUUUUUCUCCAACAGAAUAGAAUUCCACUGAGGAAAAGAUUGUUAAUUUCGGGGUGUUUCUUGCACACUAGCAUGACGUUAGUGGUACUUUGCUAUCUAGGUUUCAUUCACCUGUACAGACAAAAAAAGCCUAGUAUGUUAGUGGAAAAGAAUAGAGGGGCAGGUCCAAUAUCCAUCAAGUCUCUUAUCCUGCAAUACUAGGACCGCAGGAAUUUCUCGAUUACUAGAAAAUAGGUAUCUAGUAUACAUAGUAUUUACUGAUGGCACUUUCUGAACAACAUGCUGCAAGACCUCUUUAGUUUUCUUUUACCAUAGAAUGUGACACUGCAUAGCCUGUUUAACUGUGAAAAGGCAAGGAGAGUGAAAGCUACAAGUAAUUAUAUCCAAAUAUAGAGGGUUGGUAAUUUCUCAUAACGGUUACUUGUUUGUAUAGGGAAACUGUUAGGAGCUUUCCGAUUUGGCUAUAUGCCAUUUCAUACAAUUAGUUGUACUCUUUCUCGGUUCUCAAAACCAUUUUUGUCCUUGCUUGAAUAUUGAAUUAUCAUGCAAGGGUGGCGAAAGUUACGAGUAUUCUUAUCUAAUUUGGAGGUUUUCAAUGAUAAGUCCUUGCCUUCCAAAGUUUUUUUUAUGGUUCCCACGUGGCAUCAGAUAUCCGCUUUGUAGCCUAAUAUAUCUGGAUUUGCACCAUAUAGUUCCAUUUUUGAGGGUAGGUACUAGGGUAUCCCUAUCAAACAUGACAUAAUGCCCGAGUUAGAACUCGAGACCUCUCGUAAGCCUUCUAAUUUGAUUAUACACCAGUUCAUAAACUAGUGUAACCUUACAGUUUUUUCAAAACCUCCUUUAUCUUUGCCUGAAAUUCUUGUUGCCGACUCCUUAUGGAGUAUUAGCUUGUAUAUAGCAAAAGAAUAGCCAAGUAUUAAAUUAUCUUCUUGUGUUCAUUUUUUUUUGGUUUUCCUUCUCAAGAUUUUUUUACAAAUAGAUGUGUCCUAGUGAUCAAUAAAGUAUGUUGUGAACCAUGAGGUCUCAAUUAGAAUCUAACGAGGCAAAAACACUAUCUGUGAUCUAUUCAGUGACUCGAUACUUGUAUUGGUGAGAGAUAACAAUAUCCAUAGAAUUAAUUUAAGUGUUGAUGAGGUAUAGAAUUAAUCAAUGUGUGCAUGCAACUAACUCAAGCAUUGCGAUUACAAAAUGGUUAGAAGCCUUCCAAUUUGACUUAUACACCUUUCCUUAAAUUUGUGUAACCUUUCAGUUCUCAAAAUCCUUUUUGUCUUUACUCGAAAUUCUUGCUCCCGACUCCUAAUGGAGGUUAAUUAAUAUAGAGCAAAAGAAUAGUCAAGUAUUUGAAUAUGAUUUUGCAAUGUGUUUUUUGUUCGUUUUCCUUCUCGAAAGCUGGAGGUCAACAGUGAAAUGUCAAUUAUAACAAGGAAUAUAGAAUAAGCAUUGAAAAAAAAAUGUGUAUCGACCAAAGAAGAUGUGUAAGAACAUGUGUCGAAUCUUACAGUGGUCCCCUUUUACCAUGUCUGUCAAGCUCAUUUGUCGAACUUAUCAGCUCUAAUUAAUUUUGGUUCUUGGCAUCUAAAGAAUCUUUCUCGUAAUGUCUCCUAGCACUGUGCCUAAACAUUUCUUUAGUCAGUAUUAGUCCUAAUCCUAUUGGCUCGUUGAAGAUUUAAAGCAUACGAACAAGCUGACCUUUUUACGUUCUAUUCUUAACAAUGAACUCUUUUGUUCGAAUUUCUACUCAGUUUCUAGCAGUGCAUCAAAAGGUGUUUUUAGCUUUGCCGUUUUUUGAGCUUAAAAUAAUGCUUUUUUAAAAAAACUAGGCUUGUCAUUUUGUGUGUAUUUCAUUUUUCGAGAAAGAAAGCCAUGCUGAACUUCAAUAAAAAUAUGGUUUUAGUUUUAUGACUUUCUUUCACUAGAAGUAAUAGUGAAAAGUAAUUCAUGAGAUCUGUAAAAAAAAAAAAAGAAAUCUUUUAAGGAAAUCAUUUUCUUCGUUCAAAUUCAUCAAUUAUCUAUUAUAAUAUCGCGUUUUAACUAUAGGUGCAAUUUCUGAACAAGGUUGAAUCAAAUUUGCUUUGGUCAAUUACCUUUUCAAUUUAAAUAACAUUCAGCACAUUGCCCUUUUCCUUUUCUUUUUUUUCUUUCUUUAGUAAAGAAAAGCUUUCGCAGCGUUGGGGGUUGGCGAAGGAAAGGUGUUAAUGGGAAUUCACCUCACUUCUAUAGUGUGAAAACUCUUUCUAAUUUAUUUUAAUUUAUUUUUAGGAGCUCUCACCUUUUCGCUCGCUCUCUUCGUGACUCGAAUUCACAAUCUUUCUUAAUUUUUUAUUUUAUUUUAUUUAGUUAAUCCAUUUAUUUAUUGGGUUACUUUCAUGGUCGAACGGUACUCCCGUGAGUGUUAUAUUGGUCAUUUUACUCACCUCUAACAUUCUUCCCACUUGGAUAUAUAUAGCAUCAAGAUCCUUGUGCCCUUUGGCUCCUUUUGCUGUUUGAUUAUCUGCGUUGAUUAGUUGUUCAAUAAGCAUGUAUACUAACUCUUGCCAAUAUUGACCAAUAGGCCCAAAAAUGGGACAAAAAACUCUAAUUCCUUUUUAAUAGGAAAUCAGGAAGGUGAGAUUUGCUGCAUCAGCUAAUAGCAUAAAAUUUAGGAAUAUUUAAUGUGAUCAUUUGCAUGCAACUAGCCAACAAUACGGAUUAAUAACAAAUAAUCCGUAUUUUCAUAUUGAAAAGGUCACGGCAAAUCCGUGAGAAAGGGACAGUUUCUUCAUUAGAUAGACUUAGAUCUCCCUUGGCCUUAAUUUUCCACAAAAGAUGAGAAAAUAAUAAAUAUCGAUUAGAAGACUAAUGCUGAAAAUAUGGACAAAUUACCAACAAGUUGGAGAAGGUAGUCAUUUCACUUAAAGAAUUCUCUUUCUCAUCUGGGAAUGGAUAUGAAAUCUAUUAAAGAUUUGUUGGAGCAGAUGUUGGACCAUAUUCAACAUCAAACUACAGAAGAACCCAAAGAUGUAUACGAAA